CACAUGUAGCCUAGAUUCUCUCAUUUAGACUAGCAGCCAUUCAUGUUGUUGGACUACUGCUGUCGCUGUUGUGGAUUCACACUCAUAAAACGCCAUGGACCCUUCUCCCUCAAGACUACACCCAGUGAUACCUGGGUCGUCCUGCAGAAUCUGUUGAUGUGCAUGGUGUGCUUCUACUCUCUCUACUACAUCGUGGUCAGCCUCUGCAUCGGGCUGCUCAGGGUUCACGAGAUCAACAGCUUGUUGGCUCCGUUUGACUACACGACACAACCAUCAUGGCAGAACCCCAAAUACCUGGUUGGCGUAAUUUCCACAGAAGUGACCUACGUUUUGGGCGGGCUGGUGUUCGCCUGGAUCGUGGAGGAGUGGGUUUGGGAUUACGCCAUAACUGUCACGCUGCUGCAUGUCGCGAUGACUGUAGCAGUGAUGUCAGACUUCCCCUCAGCUGAGCACUGGUGGAUAGCUCUGGGUUCGGGCCUGGUGAUGAUGAUAUUCGGAGGACAGCUCCUGGCCUAUAAACUGUUCAGAAGCAACUUCGUCUAUCCAGCUGAACUACAGAACUUCUAACGAACACAAUGAGGAAAGCUUUUAACUGGCUUACCGGUUAAUCUCAGGUCCGGAUACAUCCCAGUGGAUUCGCUUUUCAAAGAUUACUGCUAGGUUCAUGGUAACAUUGGUCUGAGUAACCACAGUAUAUCUAUGAAGAAUAUACUGUAUACUUAGUUGAUUAGCUAAUAGUCGGAUCCCUCCUUGUACAAAUCACCCAAUUUUGUCUAUUUAAUAGUUUUUUUAAACACAUUCUGUACAGUUUAAAUAUUGUUUUGUAUUGUUUCUUUACAAACUCCUCACUGUAAGAUAAAGGUAAUAGAAGAGAUGACACCUGUAGCAUUCUGUUAAAGACUGGAUUUACAGCUGCUAAAAGUUAAAAGAAAUCCACUGACUGAUAUUUCAGCAAUGGUGGGUUAAGUCAGCCAUAUUUCAGUUGUAAUGUUGCCGUUGUGAUUGUGUCACUUAGCCGAGUGUACAGUGUAGUAGCCUGAUGGAGAAAAUGACCUGAUCUGUUCAGACAGCAAAGAGAAAUUAAAUCAUCUGUGUGCAUGUUGAGACAAAAUUGUGUGAACAGACAGAAAAACUAUAUACUUUUAGCUUUAUGAUAAGAUUGACGCCACAAAUACAUAAUGAUUUUAGUGGUUGUGUAUGCUGGUUCA